UAUAACGCUGGAUGUGAAAGGGCUUUGUUUUCACGACUCAGUACAAAACUUGGUCAACUUGUUCUUCUAUAAGGUACUAUAGUGCCUCUGUUCAUUUUUGAAAGUUUAUGAGAGCCCGAGAAAUCACACUCUAGCAUUUCUAUUUAUCUCCUUUUUGUGCUAGCACAAUAUUGAAUGUAAAAAAGUUAAUAAGAGUGUUAGAGAAUAGGGGAACUCUGGUCCAGUUUUUGUGACGUUCAUCAAACGGCGUCGACGGAUGUUUGUUUAAAGCUUCAUUGGAAAAAGAAUGAGAGAAUGUCGAUGCGAGGUGUGAAAUUUGCUUUUGAAGAAGACGAGAAGGUCCUUUGUUUUGAGCCAGACCCAAGCAAGGCUAGGGUUCUGUAUGAUGCGAAGGUUUUAGAAGUUACCACACGUAAGAGGAGCAAUGGUCAGAAAGGGCCUGGGUACCUGGUGCAUUUCAGUGGCUGGAAUAGCAGCUGGGACAGGGUAGUAAAAGAAGACUUUAUUCUCAAGAACACGGAAGACAACAGGAAGUUGAUGAAGCGUCUGGCUGCCAUUGCCAGGCAAAUUCGCAAGAACCGUGUCAGAAAGAAGAGAAUUGACGAGAUACUGAGGCAGGUACUGAAGAGACGUCCCAGGUAUGACAGCGAGGAGGAGACCUCAGAGGAGGAUGAAUGUGAGGAUGUUGGUGAGGAAGAGGAGACAACUGGGGAGGAAGAGGAGGAUACGGAAAGAGAGGAGGGGGAGGAUUCGACACAGGAGUCGGGGCAGAGUGAAGAUGAAAGCACUGUGGAGGGAGGAGAGACUGAAGACAAUCCUCAGCCUGAGGAGAUUGCAGUAACAGAAGUGGAACUUGAAAUACCAGAUCCACUGAAGAGCCAACUUGAAAAUGACUUUCAUUUCAUAAAUAGAAAGAAAAAGUUGGUCCAUUUACCUGCUGAGCCCAAUGUGGUCAGUCUUCUGGAGAGUUAUGUCAAGAAUUAUGCAAUCAACCUGCUUUGUUCCACUCCUCAUAAAGCAGCCAGACACGGACAUACAGAAUGGUAACUUACUGGCUGGCUUGAAAACUUAAGUAAUUAAAAUCAAGCAGGUCUUAAAUUGUGCAAUGAUCUGGAAUAUGACUGGGGAUUAUGAUGUUUAAAACUUGACAACUAUGAACUUGCAGUUUGCUUUUAAUUCAGUAGAAGUGAAGUCUCAGUAUUAAAUAGCUGUACUCAUUUA